AGACCAUCUGAAUUCUGUAACGUAAAAAUAAUAAGAGGCGUGUAAAGUUGUUGCCUUUGUUAUUGCAUGAGUGUUGGCGUCACUAUGGUGUCUUCUGUGAAUCUACUCAUUUUUUGUACAUUGUUUUAUUUAUUAAUUCUGUUCAUUUUAUUCCCGGACGACACGGGCGUUUGUACAUUCAAAACACGCGCCAGUGAACGCAGCACGAAUACAUGUCUUAGCUCCGUGUUACAUUCACGCCUCGAGUGAUUCACGUCUCUAAAGACGAGGAAACGCAGCCCGAACGUGUCAGAUUUGACACUAUUUGUAAAGGCAGUCUCACGGAGGGGACGAGUGCUUUUCGGGCUGACAUGCCCGAUUCUGGAUCCAAGUUUUCGGACCCUCAGCAUUCACAGAGACUGCUCCAGGUUCUUCGCACCUUCUGGCAGGAGCAGAGUUUCCACGAUGCCCUGCUGGUUGUCGAUGGGGAGGAGCUUCCUGUCCAGAAAAACAUCCUGGCUGCUGCGAGCCCUUACAUCAGGACCAAGCUGAACUACAACCCUCCAAAGGAAGAUGGGUCUACAUACAGGAUCGAGUUGCAGGGCGUCUCCAUGGACACCAUGAAACAAAUCCUCGACUUCAUCUUCAGCGGUGAAAUCACUCUGAGUGAAGACACCAUCCAGGACAUGGUGCAGGCGUCUGACCUGCUCCUCAUGACCGACCUCAAGCUGCUGUGUUGUCAGUUCUUAGAGAGCUGCAUCACUGCAGAGAACUGCCUCGGCAUCCGCCUCUUCUCCCUCCACUACUGCCUGUACCACGUCCACUAUGCCGCCACGGAGUUCCUGCAGACGCACUUUCGCGACGUGGCGCUCACAGAGGAGUUCAGGGAGCUUCCGCCGGAGCGGCUCUGCGAGGUGCUCGCCAUGGAGAAGCUGAACGUGGGCAACGAGAAGUACGUGCUGGAGGCUGUGGUGCGGUGGUUGGCACAUGACCCACAGGACCGUAAGGUGCACCUGAAGGAAGUGAUGUCAGCUGUAUGGCUGCAGGGCCUGGACGCCAGCUACCUGAGAGAGCAGGCCAUGGGGGAGCCACUGAUGAGGGAGGUGAUCAGAGAUCACUGUCAGCCGGGGGGGGCGGACGGUCAGCUGCAGGGCCGAGCUCUGCUCGACGCCUUCAAACCCCGAGGAUACUCUGAGUGUAUCGUUCUCGCCGGAGGAGAAGAUCGCAAAACCAGGAAGCCGACCGCAGUGACGCGCUGCAUGUGUCCGCUGUACGACGUCAGCAGACAGAACUGGAUCGAGCUGCAGCCCAUGAACAUCGCCCGCGUCGGUCACGGCGUGGUCGCCGCAGAGGGUUUCCUGUUUGUGGUGGGCGGAGCUGACGGACAUCACGUGGUUAUGGACAGUGGAGAGAAAUAUGACCCGGACUGUAACACGUGGAGCCCCAUCGCCCCCAUGCUUCAGGCUCGUCAGAACAUGGGCGUGGUGGAGCUGGACGGUCUCAUCUACGUUCUCGGGGGAGAGAGCGACCACAUGGAGCUGACCACUGUGGAAGUGUUCGACCCUCACUGCAAUAUGUGGAAGACGCAGACGAGUAUGACCAUGAUCCGCAAGGUCGGCUGCUACGCCUCUAUGAACAAGAAGAUCUACGCCAUCGGUGGAGGCUCCUACGGGAAACUCUUUGACUCUGUUGAAUGCUUUGACCCGUGUCCACUGAAGGAGAGAAGGUUUGGUUCAGUGGCGUGUGGCGUCGGCAAGGAGCUCUACGUGUUUGGUGGCGUCAGAAGCCAAGAGUCGGAAAACCCCGAGCAGCGACAGAUGAUGACGUGCAAAUCUGAGUUUUACCUCGACGACAUGAGAAGGUGGAUGUUCCUCGAUGACCAGAGCUUGUGUAUCCAGACCAGCUCAUCCUUCGUAUAUGGUGCUGUGCCCAUCGGUGCUGCCAUCUAUGUCGUUGGAGACCUGGACACAGGCGCGAGCUUCGACUACAUCCGUGAGUUCCGCCGCAGCACGGGGACUUGGCACCGCACCAGACCCAUGCUAACCAGCGACCUCUCCAAAACGGGCUGCGCCGCCCUGCGCAUCGCCAACUGUCGGCUGUUCCGCCUGCAGCUGAGCCAGGGAAUGUUCCGGAUCAGAGUGUGACGCUACCACUCCCUCUGCAUGUGUGCAAUUAGAUUUGUGUCACUGUUUUGAAAACGGCACGUUUUUAAGAAGCAAACAACACAAAAAUGAAACACACGAUCAAAAAUACACAAAUGGCAA